AUGGCAUUGAGGAAUCACAGCACCGUUACCAAGUUUAUCCUUCUCGGACUGUCUGCCAACCCCCAUGUCCAGGUUCUGCUUUUCAUGCUCUUCCUGCUGAUUUAUCUCCUGACCAUGAUAGGGAACCUGAUGAUGUUACUGGUGAUCAGAUCUGAUUCCCACCUUCAUACCCUCAUGUACUUUUUCCUGAGUCAACUCUCUUUCCUGGAUCUUUGCUUUUCUUCGGUCACUGUGCCUAAACUGUUAGAGAACCUCAUGUCUGAGACAAAAACCAUCUCAGUAGAGGGUUGUCUGACUCAGGCCUUCUUUGUAUUUAUCACUGGAGGAACAGAACUUCUUCUGCUCUGUGCCAUGGCCUAUGACCGCUAUGCUGCCAUCUGCCACCCUCUGCUCUAUGGACAGAUCAUGAGUAAACAGCUGUAUGUGCAGCUUGUAUGGGGCUCCUGGGGCCUGGGAUUUCUGGAUGCACUCAUCAAUAUCCUCCUAGCUAUGAACCUGAUGUUCUGUGAGGCCCACAUCAUCCACCAUUUCAGCUGUGAGAUGCCCUCUAUCCUCCCUUUGUCCUGCUCUGAUGUCUCCAGGAACAUCAUUGUCUUACUCUGUUCUACUCUCCUGCAUGGGCUGGGAACCUUCUUCUUGGUCUUCUUAUCAUAUGCACGCAUUAUCUCCACCAUCCUGACCAUCAGUUCUACCUCAGGCAGAAGCAAGGCCUUCUCCACCUGCUCCUCUCACUUCGCUGCAGUGACACUUUACUAUGGUUCAGGUAUGCUGCGUCACCUCAUGCCAAAUUCAGGGUCCCUCGUGGAGCUGAUCUUCUCUGUGCAGUACAGUGUGAUCACUCCCAUGCUGAAUCCCCUCAUCUACAGCCUGAAGAACAAGGAGGUGAAGGCAGCUGUGAGAAGAACUUUGGAAAACUAUUUGCAACAUAUCAGGUACUAA